AUGAAGAGGCUUGAAAUGAAUGAAGGCUCUGCAGAGACACUACAGCCCUUCUUAGGAGGAAAACACGGGCCCACUUCUGGUAUUCUUGUUCAAUACUUCCUAGAUGCCAGGGACUGCUUGGAGGACAAACAAAAUUUGGAGAGUAACCUCACCAACCUUAUUAAGAGGAAUACUGAGCUGGAAACUCUUCUGGCGAAACUCAUUCAGACCUGUCAGCAUGUAGAAGUAAAUGCGUCCCGCCAAGAAACCAAACUGAUGGAAGAAUGUGACCAGCUCAUUGAAAUUAUCCAGCAAAGAAGACAAAUAAUUGGAACCAAGAUCAAAGAAGGAAAGGUGGUGAGGUUGAGAAAACUGGCUCAGCAGAUUGCGAACUGCAAACAGUGCAUUGAGCGCUCGACAUCCCUCAUCUCUCAGGCUGAGCAGUCGCUGAAGGAGAAUGAUCACGCUCGUUUCCUGCAGACAGCUAAAAAUAUCACUGAAAGGGUUUCCAUGGCAACUGCAUCCUCCCAGGUUCUAAUUCCUGAAAUUAAUCUCAAUGAUACUUUUGAUACUUUCGCACUUGAUUUUACCAGGGAGAAGAAGUUGUUGGAAUGCCUUGAUUAUCUUACAGCUCCCAACCCACCCACCAUUCGAGAAGAGCUCUGUACAGCUUCAUAUGACACCAUUACUGUCCACUGGACAUCAGAUGAUGAGUUCAGCGUGGUCUCUUACGAGCUGCAGUACACCAUCUUCACUGGACAAGCUAAUGUUGUUAGUUUAUGCAACUCAGCCGACAGCUGGAUGAUUGUUCCUAAUAUCAAACAAAACCACUACACGGUGCACGGGUUACAGAGUGGCACUAAGUACAUCUUCAUUGUUAAGGCCAUUAAUCAGGCAGGCAGCAGGAGCAGCGAGCCUGGCAAACUCAAGACAAACAGUCAGCCGUUUAAACUGGACCCCAAAUCUGCUCAUAGAAAAUUGAAAGUGUCUCAUGAUAACUUGACGGUGGAACGCGAUGAAACAUCCUCCAAAAAGAGUCACACACCAGAGCGAUUCACAAGCCAAGGGAGCUAUGGAGUAGCUGGCAACGUGUUCAUUGACAGCGGGCGGCAUUACUGGGAAGUGGUUAUAAGCGGGAGUACAUGGUAUGCUAUUGGUAUUUCCUACAAGUCAGCACCGAAGCACGAGUGGAUCGGAAAGAAUUCUGCCUCCUGGGUGCUUUGCCGCUGCAAUAACACGUGGGUGGUGCGGCACAACAGCAAAGAAAUCCCCAUCGAGCCUGCCCCUCACCUCCGGCGGGUCGGGAUUUUGCUGGACUAUGACAACGGCUCCCUUGCUUUUUACGAUGCUUUGAACUCCUUACACCUUUACACUUUUGACAUUACUUUUGGGCAGCCAGUGUGCCCCACGUUCACAGUGUGGAACAAGUGUUUGACCAUUAUAACUGGCUUGCCUAUCCCUGACCACCUGGACUCCUCGGAGCAGCUCGCAUGACUGCUAAAAGCCAAAAGGUAGGACAACACAUCUUCCCAGGGUGGCCAGGCAGCUGCCUGCAGGAGCUUACCCGGAGCUGGUGGACCUAUGUGGCAUCCUGGCCAUCGCUGACAAAUUUGGCCAAAACUGAAAAGGAGAGAAUAUCUCUUUCUGUGUACUCUGUAAGGAAGAACAAGAGGUGGCUUUAAAAAUAUCUUGGAACUUUCUUUUGCAGUUGGUUUUGUUUGGUUGGUUUUGUAUUUAGUCUCUUACUGGAAGAUUUAUAAAUUAUUUAUAAAAAUAAAAAAAAAAAAACAAAACAGAAGUGAAAGCCUGGUUUGGACACCUGGAAAAUUACUUUUUUUUUUCCUGCACAUUGAUGACCCUAUUAAUUAAAGUUUCAUCAGCCUUUUGAAUAAUUUUAUUUUACAGUGGAUAAAAGCAGGAAAUCAGAAGGAUGAAAACUGCGCAGUGGACAAGUCAGUAUACUGCAGGUUCUACUCGUACCAACAUUAGUGGUCUCAUUGCCAGCCUUAUUGAGUGUGAGAUCUCCCAAUUUCUACUUUGCACAUGGAAGUGUGCAGACCAAAAGAACAGAAACAAAAAAGAGAGCCAGCCAACACAGCAAAAGAAUAAAGUUUAAUUUACUUCUGUUCACAGGGCAGUGCUCUCUCAGUUCAUAAAAAACAUGUGGAAUAUCUCCUAGAAAUGUGAGUGGAUAAAUCAUCUGGUGAUUUAUUUUAUUGAUGGCAACAUUCCCAUCUACCAGUGCUUUGCUUUCGUCUUUGGGAAAUAUUAUAGAAUCACUGAGGAUGUGGAAGACUGAUACCAUCUCUGAGAAUCAGCAACACUGGAGAGGAGCAGCCAAUCCAAGGUCUGACUGUAGACUAAUUUGAUAAAGCACGGCAUCAUUUAAGGAUUGAUUGUAAUAGAAAAUGUCACGGUUCUGAUGGUAGACAUGUGAAUGCUUAUUGCUGAUUUUACAAGGUUCAACAUAGCAAGCCCAGCCAACAACUCGGAAGUGAGACUUGCACCACUUUACCAUUGAUUUUAAAUUAAAUACAAAUGUUUCACUGUCAUACACUGUAUAGUGUCUAUAACAAAGCAAGGAAGUCUGUUUUACAUGUGCUGUAUGGAGAAACAAUGCAGCUGGAGUGUGCUCAUAGUUAUUGUCCUGGGUUGUUUGGGAAAGCACAAUUCUCUUUGUGAAUGAGGAGUAAAGAGCAAGCUUUCAGCAGCAGUAGGAAUCUGCAUGGGCAGACCUGACAUUCAUCCUAGUGUUGGUAGAUGAGCUUCCGUGAAGGCAGUAGAGGUUGUAUGUACUUUAUCUCAAAGCUGAAUCAGGUACAUUUUUUCCUGUUUCCCUUCUACAGAAUAGAAAUCCUUUGUAAUUACUGCAAUGCUUAUAAAUAUUCAUUUAGGGAGAUGUUUGAGGCAUAUGACAGCUUUAAAAGAAUGGUUUUCCUGUAGUGUUUUGUUGUUACUAUGCAAGUGGUUAGAAUCUGCCUGUGUAGAGAAAGGGUAAAUGUAAUAUCAGCUUUAAGAAAAGAUUUGCUCGGUAAUUUAUAACCAUGCUUUUGGUGUCUUUUGGAAAAGAUGCCUUAAUGCACUUUGUUCACUAAUGGGUCCAAAAUAAAAUGGUUCCAAGCUCAGCUUCAGAUUUUUAAAAUACUGAUUCUCCCAGUAAAAGACUAUAUUACAAUUUGCCUUCUGAUAUAAAAAAAUUUAUGAGCAGGAUGAGGAAUAUGUACAUGCCUAUCUGGUUUUUUUCCUUUUUUUUAGUAGAAAAUAAGUGCCUGUCCAUGUUCCUUUGAUUUCCCUUUAUGUGUCAUGAUAACUGCUGAAUUAAAUAGAGAAAAAUCUGGCAGUACAUUGCUGGUACCAGGGCUUUGAGCUGGGCAGCAUCCCAUUGUUCACAGGCAGGAGCCACUGAUCUUUCCAGAGUAGACAUAAAUAAGACAAAACGUGUACACAUUGUGAACUGCAGUAUUUAUCAUACUGUCUUUAAUAAUCAAGAAAUGUGUACCCAAAAAUUAAAAAGUAAAUAAGUCCCCAAACAUUGCAUUUUACAAUUGAAUACAAUGUUACUGAUACAAUCUGAUAUACACUGCCCAGAGGAUCUGACCUGGGAUGUUUGGGAGGUAGCUGAGAUGGCAUGAAAAUUUUUGUAAAAUGAGUUGACAGGAGAUGACUGAUGCAAAGCAGUGAUAAAAAUAUACAUGAAGAAAGGAGUUUUAAUCUAGGCUUAUUGCCAAGUUUCUGCCUAAAAGGAAAAGGCAUAUUAGCAAAUUACAUGUAGCAAGACUAUGUAUCUUCUCUUUUGCCACAAACAUUAAAUCUAGAAGCUGAUUUCAGGAGUGGAUAAACUGAAAACACUCUCCAGUGUUUAGCUAUACAAUGUUCGCAGAGAUUGAGCUGGAUGGAAGCAAUACCAUGAAUUUGGAAAGGUCCCAAAUGAUCUCACGUAUUUUCAUUGUAAAGACAGGCCGUGAUUCUAAAGACAGAUCAGGGUUUUGGCCAAUGGAGGAAGAAUGGUCUGUUAUCUACAGGCCUUGCUGAAUCAUUUUUAUUUUAACACAGAACAUUUCAUUUGGAGCUAAACCACAUUUCUUCAAUGGCCUAUUAACUCAGUCAGUACUUGUUGUGCAUAUAUGUUUGUGUAUGUAUUUACACAUAUGUAUGGGUAUACACACCAGUAUAUGCACAAAUAUGGUGUAUAUGCAUACAUACGUAUAUACACAGACAAAGCGACAGCAAUUAGUCAGGUAUUCCUUUUUUGCUUGUUUCUUGAACAAUUUCAUAUUCUGUACGAUGAUGAGGAAACAAGUUUGCUAUGAAUGGUGUUCUUCUGGACAUUUUUUAACAAACAAAAUCUGUUUAUUUUGCAAUACUUGAUUCAAUGCCUGAUUAAUCAAUAAAAACAUUAAUUUGAAAAUGUAGCUUCUGUGGUCUGUGGCAUUUUGCAUGGUCCAUAGUAAUGAACUGAAAUCUGAGGGAACAGUAAUCCUUGUAUAAAAAUAAAAUAUGGUCCUUUAAUGUAGCAUGCGGUCUUAGAUGAGGGUUUUUCCCUUAUUUUUGAAAGUUUUGUGACUAGGAAUGAGGUAGCAUUGUAUAAUGCUGUGUUUAACAAAGGCAGGUUUUUGAGGAAUAGUCUGCUGAAAUGCAAGCAAUGAAUGUGGUAUAUAAAACUUGUGUUGGUAUAAUGAUUGUUUCAAAGGUGUAUUUAAUACCCAAGUUGGGAUUCAGCAGAGUUAGAGCAAACAAUAGCACAAUGUCUUUAGAAGAUAGUAGCAGCUCAGAGUAGUCUUGAGCUUGAGGUAAUGGAAGGGCGGGGGACUUUUUUCUCUGAGGCCAGAAAAGAUUUUCCAUGUCUUAGACUUACAUGUGUUAAUGCACAUCUAAUAGAGAAAAAAAUAAUUCACAAAUGGGCUGUGUGUCAUAAAUUAUUUAGUAGACUGUCUUCAGCCCACUGUAGUUUCCCACUGUUGGCUCUCAGAGAGCAAUAAACUUGCUGCAUUUUCUGCCAUGAGUUUAUUCUUUGUCCGUUUUGAGUGUCCCAUUUUCCAACUGCUCAGCAAAAAGACUCCCACUGAGCCGUGGGUCCCAAGAGUAGGAAGCAUGAAAAUCCCUCAGGUCUAGGUACAGUGUGAAAAGCAGGAAAUCUGCAAGUGCAGGUGAAAACACAUGCAUGUUCUUCAUUAUUAACAAUAGUAGGUCAUCAGACAGCAGCGUGCAUCAUCUGUUUUUAUCCCAUGUCAUAAUUGCAAACGCUAUAUUCUUUGCACGUUAGAAAAUGCAACAGGACACUACUGACAAUGCAAAUUAAAGUGUCAGCUCGUUAAUCAGUUUGUUUUGAGAUGGGCAGUAUUUAUAGCACUAUGAAAGACUGUGGGAGAUUUCAUUAAAAUAUUAUUUAAUAUCUCACACAGUAUAAGUAUUUCUUUCUUAAUUAUUCUGAUAAAGCAGAUUUCUAGUAGUCACCAGAUUCUGCUUUUAGUUGCAGCAGCCCAAUUUUCAAAUAAGCCCAUGCUCCAAAAUAAAAUGAGGAUUGCUAUUGGCUCUCAUGGGUAUCACCAAAACUGAGGCUAUUCAUUUUAGUUGGAAACACUGUCUUCAUUUCUGGUUUAGGACUGAAGAAGUUCACACCAGUGCACACCAGUACCUCAGUAACUGUCCAGGGCACACCUGGCCUGAAGGCCUUUGGUGGGGCAGCUUUGGGAAGAUGGUGAUAAACAAAAAUAUGCACAGGUUGCUUACGUAGUGAUGUGCUGGCAAUUUUCUUGUAAUACAAACUCUGAUGUCUUUUCACAUGCUCUUUCUAGUAGUGGGAGUGUGUAGUGACAUAUAAGGAUAUAAAAUGCAGUAUUUUCCUGUGCUACUGAGUUGGUUGCCCAUAUAGAAAUUAGCACAGUGUUUUUGUCUUCUGCAGAUUGAGGAAAGUCCUGCUCUCUCCUAAGUGCUGGUUUAUGUUCUUGAUUAUGCUGAGCUAUUUGUAUUUAUUGCGCUUCCUGAAAUGAAAGAAACUCUUUUUACAUUCUAAAUUUUGCUUUAGUACUUGAUUUUCAUAUAAAAAAAAUAAGAGACUAAGAGACAAUGAUCUUAACAAUGUUUCAGUAUGGAUGAGACUCUUGGUUUGGAGUGUGAGCCGUAAGGCAUCUGUCUACAUAAAUCAAAUCUCUGUGCCAGAACAGACUGAUUUGUCAUUUCUGUGGGAGUUGAACAGUGCAGGUGCAAGUGUUUUCUUCUGAGAUAGGCUUUUGCAUUAACUCCACUCUUUGAGUGGAAUAUUCUGUGUCUUUAAUUUUUUUUUAAUUGGUUUUUUGAUUCAAGUGCAGACCAUGUUAAUAAGACUAAGUAAUAUAAUCUUUUAUCAUGUUACCUAUUUUAACAAACCCUGCCAUGUCAUGUGCCUCUGGUGGGUUGCUGAACACAUCAGCUGCAACCAUAACCUUUGCAACAUCACCUCCAAUGUGAGAAGUGAUGCUUAAGCCAUUGACCAAGUAUGUGACUUUCCCAGGUGGGAUUCAUCCUGAUUUAAGUAAGGAACCAGUUGAAGGUGAAAGGCACAUAUAUUUCACGAAGGGUGAUAUAGGAAAGAUAAGGGCUUGAAAACCAUCGGCAUUGAGGCAGUUCUGGUUUAGAAGCACGUCAAUGUAUUAGGAAGUCAUGAAGUCUUUUACUACAGUGUGAUAACAAUGUCAUUAUUACUGCUCCCUGAAGGAGGAAUGGGGUAAGCAAAAGAGGGAGUUCUGGAGCAAUGCUGAGAAAGAUCACUCAGAGUGACAGGGCAGCUGGAAACCUGCCACCACUACUUGCCUUGGCACCAUGCUGCAGCUCUGCAAAACAAGCCUGCACCUAUUUACCCUUCUGUUCCAGCUCAGCCUCAAUCCACAUUCCCAAAUGACAGGAAAAAAAUAUUGCAAUUAUAUGUUUGAAGUCCUAACCUGAAUAAAAGCAGCAGGGCAGGGAUGAGAGCCCCGGGCCUUGAUCCACCUUUAUUCACCCAGAUUUUUACAUCUGCUAACUUCAAAGGAGAUAGUCCUGAUUUACACAGAGGUAGGUACAAACCCAUGAAUCUUCAGUUUCCAACAGGUCAAACCCAAGUGAAGCAGAAGUCCCUGUGAGAACAGCUCAGCAUUCCCAUUAAAUCAUGUCUUUGGAGAAAGCACAUUAGCUGCUAGCAAAACUGCAGUUACUCAUGAGCUGUUUCCCAAGGCCGGCACAGGUGUGUUUUAAAAUGUCUAGUUCUUUUAAAAUGUAUGGCUCAAUAACAUUCUUCUUGUGUGAAUUGUUCAGGCAAUGCUUUGCUGUUUCCUCCAAGCAGGGUGGGAACAAUUCUCUUAGCAGGUGCUGUGUUACUUUUAUAAAAAUCAUGAGAGUGGCAAAUACAUAAGUUAUGAUAUAAUGCUCCAACAUAAGGCUAUUGUUCUCGGACUUCCAUUUAAAAAUGUAUAAUCACUAAAGAAGUUUAGAAGUCUGCUUCCUUUAAGUGUUUGUCCUAAUUUAUAUAGUUAUUUGAAAGCAUGGAAAUGUUUCCUCUUGAGGAAUAUCACUUCAUUUCUUGUUAAUACACAGAGACACAUUGUAAUUAGGACUAUUCCUGAAAAUUCACGAAUUCAUAGAAUAGCUUAUAAUCAAGCCUUUAAAAGGCAGCAAAUGGAGGCUUUAUGUUUGGCAUAACAUUGAACAGGGAAAAAAGCUAUAACUGAAACAUUUAACAGAUGACAGAUAGCUGCUACACAAAACGAUGGGAAAGUUUUCACUAGCAAUUUUUUAUUUCAUCCUCAUUUUA